AGGGCACUCAAAUCUCUACUCAAGGCGUCUACUCGGCCCCCGGAGAUUACAUCUACUUCAAGUCCCAGGUUCCUCUUCACAAGAUCCCAAUUGGCACAAAGCAGUGGCGAUACUAUGAUUUUGGUCCGAAAGCAGUAACUCCACUUAUUUGUCUUCCUGGAACAGCAUGAGCGACUAAAAACCCAGGCACCCAGCUAAAACCUUUUCUUUCAUUGCUAUCAUUAUUCAAUUUCACAAAGCUUAGCUCUGGGUUCUUCAUUCUUCCUUCCAUUCAUCCCAAACCAUAACACCCCAACCUCUACCAAUAUGAUCAAACUUCGCAACUUUUCCAUCCCAAUUCACCCCAAAACCUCACAAACCUUAAACCCCUUCACUCUCUUCAUCAAACAUUCUCACUUCCUAUCCAGCCCUCCUCUCAAUUCACCCCCCAAAACCUCCCAACCCUGCGUCGCAAUCUUCUGGGACUUACAAACCAGACCCCCCAAAUCCGUCACUCCCUUCGAGGCCGCCGCCCGCCUCAUUACAGCCGCUUCUUCCUUCGGCCAAGUCAGGCACAUGAUCGCCUACGCGACCCCCCACGCGUUCAGCUCUGUUCCUCAGGUUGUGGGGAAGAUAAGGAGAGAGAGGAACAGGGUCGUGAUACGAGACGAGCCCAACGUUUGUAGGGUCUGUGGGAGGAGGUUUUAUACCAAGGAGAAGCUUGUGAACCACUUCCAGGUUCAUGAGAGGGAGCACAUGAAGAGGCUGAGUCAAAUCGAGUCGGCGAGGGGGAGUAGGAGGGUGAAGCUGGUGGGGAAGUAUGCAAUGAAGAUGGAGAAGUAUAGGAAUGCGGUUAGGGAUGUGAUGAUUCCGAAACAAGGGAAUGGUUUGGUGAGUGAGCUGAAGAGGGCGGGGUUUCGGGUGAAGACUGCGAGUGGUGAGAGAUGUGGAGUUGUGGCAUUGAGAGAUGACAUCGUGGGGAUGAUGGAGGAGAAGAGGUUUGAGUGUAUGGUGCUUGUUUCGGAUGAGAGUGAGUUUGUGGAGGUUGUGAUGGAGGCGAGGAGGAGGUGUGUGAGGACUGUUGCUGUGGGGGGUGAUUUGGGAGAUGGGGUGCUGAAGAGGGCUGCUGACUCGGGGUUUUUGUGGAGGGAGGUUUUGGUGGGGAAGGCUAAGAAGGAGGCAGUUAAGGUUGUGGGGAAGUGGAAGGACCGCGAUGUGUUGAAGAGGUUGGAGUGGAAGUAUGAGCCUGAUGAGGAUAGGAGGGUGCAUUGCUUAGAUGAUGAAGUCGAGGAUGAGGAGAUUGGGAGUGUUGUUGGUGGGAUGAAGGAGAAUUGUUUGCGGAAUGAUGGUAACAGAAAAUGGUGGGAGCUUGACUCUGAUGCUGAUGCCGAUGCCGUUUCAUAGCAACCAUGCGAAUGACUGUUUCUGCCUUUCUGGUGGAUAAUGAGAAUUCCUUUGCUGGUGACUAAUAAGGAGACAGUAUCAUUGAGGAUUGCCUGUGUGGAAGUGUAUCAGUCCAAUUUAUGACCACAGGCUAGGGCUGGCUUAAAUGGACGGAGGGAGGAUCAAUGGGGUUAAGCAGUACUAGUUGGAAUUGGCCGAAAAAAUAAUCAAACAAUGAGAGCCAUAGUUAAGGUUUCGCAUGGGAAGUCCUGCUCUUCGUACAGUAGACCACUGCCAGAAGGUGUGCAAUGGACCUUAACUACUUAUUUCAGAUUGGAGGUCGUUGUGUGCUAUAUCCGUACUUUUGGUAAAGUAAAUCACAGCAGAAGGUGCAAGAAAAGCAAUAUUCGUGACUGCAUUGUACAAUUGGAGAACUUAAAACUGAACUGAGAGGCUGUAAGGAUUUGGUUUAAUAAAAGAUGGUUUGGAAUUCAUAGUCUUGAUUCCUGUUAGUGCUAGCUUGUAGCAGUGAUGAAGAAUUGAGAGAAUCUGAGUAAGAGGGUUGCUGGAAAGGGUAGAUAAUUUUUGCCUAGACUUCAAAACUUCUGUUUGUAGGGUACUCAUAGUGGAGAUGGAGAUGCCGGUUGUCUUCUGUUGUUUCUUAGAACUUGGUAGUUCAUCUCAAGGGAUGGUAGAAGCAUCUGUUUUUAGUGUUGGAACUUCAUUGCUUCCACCAGACGUUCUAGAGCUGCUGUGCCAUUUAAGAGUGACUGGAUAUUGUUUUGUAGAUGUCCUUUGCUGCCGAGAACUGGGUUUUGGUUUGAACACAAUUGUACUCGUUGGUAGAAAAUAUAAUGUUGUACCAUCUAAGUAUCUGUUGACAUGUUCAUUGUAAAACAGAAUGUUUCACUC